CCAUUUCUCACACAAAUCCCCAAUCAACACACUAAAUAAUCUCAACGCCUCACUCUCUUUCUCUGCUCUACUACUACUACUACUGCUGCCAUGCUCAUGGCCUCCUCCCCCCCCUUCCGCCGCAUCACCGAAGAGCAAGAACUCUCCGUCAUCGUCGACGCUCUCACCCAAGUCGUUUCCGGCGCCUCCUCUUCCACCCUCUCAUUCCACCACGACCAUUUCCUCCGCCUCCUCUUCCCUCCUACUACCAAUACUAUUAAUCCCACCCCUCCCUUCUCCUCCUCUUCAGAAUUCGACACAUGUCCCCUCUGUAAAAUCAACGGUUGCUUAGGCUGCCAUUUCUUCUCCGCCCCCGACUCUACCACUACCACUACCGCCGCCACCCCCGCCGCCAACAACAACAACAAUCCCGGCCGCCGCGUGAAGCGUUUGAAGAAGAAUUAUAGAGGCGUCCGACAACGCCCAUGGGGGAAAUGGGCGGCUGAAAUCCGUGACCCGAAACGUGCGGCACGUGUCUGGCUAGGUACAUUCAAUACCGCCGAAGAUGCCGCACGUGCUUACGACGAAGCUGCCAUUAAAUUCCGUGGCCCACGUGCCAAACUUAAUUUCCCCUUCCCUGAUUAUUCCUUAUCCACACUAAUCGGCCAUUCUUCUCCGCCGGCGGCUUCCACUACCACCUCCGCCUCCACCUCCCUCACCCCUGCCUCUGCACCACCACCACCACCACCACCGGUGCUUCCAAGGACUACUACUACCUCCUCAUCCAUGAAAAUCGAGGUCACCCAAAACGACUUCCUAUUCCCAGAGAUUUUCAACAAUAAUGAAGACGAAGAUGGCGACAUUCAGAGAUAUCUCUUCGAUUUUGCUAAUCAAUCAAGAAGCUUGUAAAAUUAAAUCCAAAAUUCUUUCGACUAAUAUUUUUUUACAAUUAGGGAAAGAAAAACAUACAUAUUCUUUUUCUAAAUUAUGGUCAAAUUAUUUGUUGUUAGAAAUUGUAGAAUAAGAGUGAACCCCAGGAGGAGCUGGUAAUAUUAGAAUAUACUAUAUCCAAAAGCCUGCAAUCAUGUUCUGCCACGUGUACAAUUAAAAAAAAUCACGAGGUUAAUUGAAGAUAGUUAAGUCAAAUAAAUGAGAAUUAAAACACGGAUUCAUUGUUUAAUUAGGGAGUGAAUAAAUUAAAAUUAAGGAAACUGAGAGUGAUUAUAUGAUUGGUUGGUCAAAUAAAUGAAGAGAGAGAGAGUUUUCUUGGUGGCUUCUUGUACUCGGCGACGUUGAAUAUCUUUUUUGUAGUUACGCGGUCAACUCUAACGCCACAAACCGUUUAACCUUCCGUUUUCUUUGAUACGUUCACCAACUUAUCAUUUUUCUUUUCUUUUUAAAGCUUUAAUAUCAAAUUAUUUCCACACACUCCACAAAUUUAUGCUACAAUUAAUGGAUGUGUAAGAUACAACCACGAUAAUUCGUCAUUUAUCU